AUGCAAACAAAAUCGCCCUCGACUGUGAGCGGAGCAGAAUGUCAGCUGUCCCGUGGUGGUAGUGUACGGAAUGAAGCAACGAUCCAGUACCCAAUUGAUUCAGCUGCCAGUACUGUCCCGUUAUGUCGUCCCAUCACAGAGCCAACCGAGGCGUUCUUCAUGGAGCGAUAUUGCAACAUUCUCGGCCCCUGGUUCGACAUGUUCGACACCAUCAAACACUGGUCACUCGCAGUGCCACAUCUAUCAUUAUCCAACCGAUCCUUGUUCCGAUCCAUAAUUGCAAGCUGUGCAAAGCAAUACUCCUUGGUAUCAGGAGAGAGCUCAAUCUACGCCCUUGACCAGUAUAACCAUGGCCUCAAAGAACUGACGCGAGCCUUGGGCAAUGCAGAGUCGACAGGGUGUCCUGCGGUCUUUGCAUCGUGUUUGCUCACAGGCUACUGCGAAAUGAUCGAUGCCAAAAGUCUCGACUGGCAUACCCACCUGAGAGGCACAUUCUCUCUGUGUUCAAGUCAGGGCUGGCAUGGACGAUCCGGCGGCGUGGCUCAGUCUUGCUUCUGGGUGUACUGUCGAAUGGAUCUGCUGGCCUCGAUAGCCAGAGCUCGACAUACUCUGCUUGACCCAUCACGCUGGCUUCCCAAUGGAGCUUCGUUGGCUCCGCCCCAUCAUGCUCACGACUGGGAGCUCGAUUCAUGGUGCAAUCAAGUGGUGAUACUCCUCGCCCACACCCAUAAUUUACUGUGUGACGUUCGACAGGCUUUGCGCACCCCAACAGAGCAAUCAGAGCUGGAAGACCGAUGGAAUAGAAUCUCCUCAUCUCUGGAUCUCCAUGAGAGCAAUCGUCCGGUCGCCUUCCGUCCGAUCAUUGACUUACCCCCAAAGGACCCCCGGGUGCCAUUCAGGCAGAUCAUAUACGUAUCAGCCGCCGCAUGUGCCGCAACGCAAAUGAUGGAUCUAGCCUGUCUGUUCCGCAUCCUCGCCUUCCCAGACCGGACACCCGGUGAAAGAGCCGUCCGGCUCAUGUCCGAGUUCGCAUCCAGAGAAGCCAUCCGUCUGAGCCGCAAGAUUGUGUCGAACAGCAUCACGAAUCGGCAUCCUAUCGCUUGGGCCAACGCCGUUCAGUUGCUGUCCAGUGCCGGCACAAUCCUCGUCGGUCGAGCCGAAAGAGCAGCACUGCUACAGGUGUUGGACGACAUCAGGCUUGAAACUGGCUGGAGUACGCUCGGCACAUGCCAGAAUCUGCAUGCUUGGUGGGAACCUUUUUGGCCAGAUGGCGAGCAUCAUCUCGAUACUGCAGAUGAUGAUGAGACGAUCCGCCGUGUUGGUAGGUGUUUGAUCAGCCUUUCCGCAUAG